AUCAUUUUUGAAUAAAAAUCUUAAAUUUAAAAAUGACCUAAUAUUCUGUUGUUUUUGUUGAGACUUUUCUUGUAAAAAAAAUGGCAAAUCAAGUAAAUUUCUGUCUAUUUUUAACAUGUUUACCAUUUAUUAUGUUGAUCAUUGGAUCGGUCGAUGGCCAAUAUGAAGAUGUUCGAUGUAAAUGUAUAUGUCCAGUGCCUAGUGUUGUAAGCAAUGCAACCAAAGGUACUACAAGAAAAUUAUACAUUAGAAAUGUAGCUCCCAAUCAAUGUAAUUGUGAUUUCGUUGUUCUGCCACAAUUAUCAUCCGAUGUUCAAUCGAAAGCAAAAGAAUUUUGUCCACGCUGUGAAUGUAAAUAUGAAUCAAGAGAUACAUCCAUUAUUCGUUUCUUUGUCAUAUUCAUCAUUGGUGUCAUAUCUUUUCUGGUCAUUUAUAUGCUGUUUCUAAUGAUUCUUGAUCCAUGGAUUCAUAAACGUCAAUCAAGGAACAGUUAUAAAUAUUUCAAUGAAGAAGUUUCAUUAGAAGAACAUGAACAACAGCCAUCGGAUGGAUCGCAACAACAACAACAACCACAACAACAAGAACAUCAACAACCUCCUCAACGAGAUUCGGAUAGUCAAUCCGCUAGACAUCGAAUAUCAUCAUCAUCUGGUAUAACCGAUGAUGUAAAUAUAACGGCAGCCGGACCAAUCGGUGUAUUGAAUCGUGUUGGUCAUUCACAAAACAAAUGGAAACGUCAAGUAAAAGAACAGCGUCGUAAUAUUUUCGAUAAUCAUACCAUAUUGAAUUGAACAGAAAAAAUCCAUUGUGAAUCAUUUAAUUCUUUAUUCAAUUAAAUCUCAUUAUUAUUAU